AUGACGAUACAGAAGCAGCGGCGGGAGCUGCAGCUCCUCAUGGCAGAGCUGAAGGACCGUGAUCAGGAGCUCAAUGCCAUGGCUGCAGCCCAUCACAGGCAGUUACAGGCCUGGGAGCAGGACAGGCUGAGGGUGCUGACUCUGGAACAGAGGUGUGCCAGGCUCGAAGAGGAGCUGCAGAAGCGAAACGACGUGAUCAGAGCUCUUUCUAAGAGAGUGAAGAUGGUGGAGGUGAGAGAGAAGGACUGUCACAAAGAGCUCAGCUCCACCCAGCAGCAGCUGCAGGAACUCCGCCAGAAACAGCAGCGUGCCGGCCGAGAGCGACAGGACCUGGAGGAGAAGAGUCAGAACCUGAACUCCACCAUUGUGACUCUGUCCUCCCAGGUUGGCCAGCUACAGGUGCGAGAGGAGGAGCUCAGCUCUAUGCUUAAACUGAAGGACAAAGAUGUGACCGAGGCCACCAAUCACAUUUUAGAGCUGUCUAGCCGUCUUCAGGAAGUGGAAUCGUUGUUACAAGAGUCACGAACGCGAGAGAGCAAACUGCUGAGAGAGAUGGGAGGACACAAACGAUGCUUCAGGGAGGCCAGACAUGAAAACACUCAACUCAAAGAUGACCUGCAGGAGAAAAUGAUUGAAAACAACAUUCAGAGGGAAGACCUCAUCCGUCUGAAACAGGAAAACCAGCUCCUGAGGAAGGAACUGACCUUAUCAGGAGAGGGCGAAAGCUGGAAGGAUGAGCUGCUUGCCCUGGCUCGGUCGAAACAGGAGCGAGCAGACGCUGAACUUCACCUUCUGAGACAGGUGUGCGAGAAACAGCAGAAUGACCUGCAGCUUCUGAAACUGAACCUGGAGAGUGCUAGAGAGGAACUCAAACAGCGUGAGAGCCAAUCAGAUCCUAAGAGUCAGGGGGAUCUGGCUGGUCUCUACUUGGACUGCCUGAGCCCUUCCCAAGAGAGGAGCCCAGUGCGUCAGGACUUCAGUGCCUUAAGCAUCACUUCCAACAGAGACCUGGAGGAUCAGUUUUCAGCAGUGAACAGUGGCAUUCGUAGCUCAUCCACGCGACGGCUGAAGCGGUUACUCGCGGAGUCUCAGGAGAUGGUGGCCAGUCUGGAGCGUGCCUCCUCAAAGUCCGACAGCCCCGCACCCAGCCCCGCCCACAGCUGUGACUCUGUCAGCAACCUCAGCGGGGGCCGUAACCACGACAACUGCCCGACGGACUGUCAGCACCACUCCCAGGCCCCCGCCCAUGGCCAGAGAGGCAUGAAUGGUGACUCUCAGGCCAAGGACUUGGUUCCAGUAAGCUGACGAUUGUUUGCCAGAACCGUUUGAAGGUGUUU